CCCCCCCCUCGACGAGAAACCGCGGUGUCCGGCGAGACUCGACGAGAUUCCUUCUCGAUUCGUACCAUUUCUUGUAAAAACACUUUCCCGGUGUCGUUUUUGCCGCUUUUUCCCCUCUCCCGCCUCUUCCCUCGGCCGGUGAGUGUUGAAAUAGUUAUAAGAGGCAAGCAAUCGUCGCUGUUGGUGUAAGUGUGGGCGAGGAAGAGGAGAAAGACGGAGGGAAGUGCGUGUUUUGUCAGACUGGAUUUCCUCGCCGACAUAAAGCAUCAUACUGAUAAGCCAUAAUGUCUGGAAUUGCCAUUGCACGUCUAGCAGAGGAGAGAAAGGCAUGGAGGAAAGAUCAUCCAUUUGGUUUUAUUGCAAGACCGACAAAGAACCCUGAUGGCACUCUGAAUCUCAUGAACUGGGAGUGUGCCAUUCCAGGAAAGAAGGGGACUCCCUGGGAAAAUGGACUGUACAGGCUGAGAAUGAUCUUCAAGGACGACUACCCAUCAACCCCACCCAAGUGCAAGUUUGAACCUCCUCUGUUCCACCCCAAUGUUUACCCAUCAGGAACAGUGUGUUUGUCACUCCUGGAUGAAGAGAAGGACUGGCGACCUGCUAUUACCAUCAAGCAAAUCCUUUUGGGUAUUCAGGACUUGCUUAAUGACCCCAACAUCAAGGACCCUGCACAAGCUGAAGCCUACACUAUUUACUGUCAAAACCGUCUGGAAUAUGAGAAAAGAGUACGAGCCCAGGCCAAGGCAAUGUCUGCUCCCUUUGAGUAAAGAGAAUCGCAGCCAUCACAUUACAGGAAGCAUGGAGAGUUCUUGAGAUAGUUAUUAGUUAUUGAGAAGCAUUGCACUUCUGGUUUCUGUGCAUCUGCUGGUGGAAAGGUGCCUAGAAGUGGUAUUGCCAGCAGACACAUUCGGUUUGGGGGUUUCCAUGAAUGAACUUUUCUAGAGGGAUUGAGUACGCCUAUGCGAUGAUGAUUGCAGAAAGCGGCAUCUUUUUAUGUUUUUGAAAUACGUGGCGAGCAUCUCAUUCCAUUCUCUGUUUUAAGUGACUUGGCUCACUUUACUUUUUUUUUUUUAAUUUGAACCUUCUCAGUGAUCUAACAGUCGAGAAAAAGAUAUCCUCGGACAAGAGAAUAUAUCUACCCGGGAAGUGUUUAUUUUUAGGUAUACUGUAUAUUCCCCCCUCCCCCCUCCCUUAUGUACCUGUUCCUACAAAUAUAUUUCCUCCACUGAGUCAUUAAUGGAUAUUAAGUAAUAAACUAUUUUUACCAUUA